AUGAUCCGAGAAGACAUUUUGAAAGCUGGAAGAGGUGCGAACGGUAUGCAUGCCAAGCGAUAUGAAGGCCACCAGCUUUUCACAACUUCCGGUCAUCUGAAGAGAACUUGGAAUAAUUCAAGAGAAAGAUUUGCAGGGACGAUUUAUGUCCAAGAAUCCGAGGAAGUGGAAUAUAAAUCAGAUUACACAAACCUUAUCUUAUAUCGACAAUAUCCACUGUACUUGAGACGAGGGCGAGAUUUAACCAAUAUUCGAAAGCGCAGGCUGUGUUUUGAUGCAGAUAUCAUCACCCAGAGAGAACGGUGUGCGCAGCAGUACAGAAAAACUCUUCAUCUGAAUCCUAAACUUCACACGAACCCUACCAUUUAUCGGAUUGUUUGGAUGCUCGAUCGAAAAGUGGACUUCACCUGUGCUGGCUUCGUCAGUCUCGGUCGCUCUCACGUGGCUACGACGGUGAGUCUGAUCAUCUCUUACGUAGUGAUUGCCCUCCAGUUCCAGGGAGGAAACGUCUUGGAAGAAGGAAGCAGGCGUCUUUAAAAUCUACCUGGAAGCGACCAUCAACUCGUCAGUCAAACUUCAUGGAGGGGGCAUGCGCCUCUUCGUUCAUGAGACAGAGAGAGAGAGAGAGAGGGGGGGGGAAUUUUGAAGCCUAAAAAUGUACUUUCUAUAUAUUAUCCUAAACAAUAAGAAAUUAUAUCCCCUGAAAUGAUUUUGGACAAGAAAUAAUUUACUGGUAAA